AUGAGGAUGAGCAGCUAUCUGGAACGAAUUUUACAGUACAUCCCCUCAAGUGUACGCUGGAAAAACCCUGUCCAAGGUGUCCUUAAGAUCAAUGUUGGCGCAAGCUUUCGCGAUGGGGAGAUGCACGGGGCAACGGGACUUGUUGUUCGUGACCAUGUUGGAUCGUUGAUCAGCGCACAAGCCCUAUGGUACCUUCAUGCAGCAAGCUCGAUGAUUAUGGAGGCAACUGCUAUUCGCGACGCUGUCAAAUUUGCAAUGGAGAGGAACUACCACCGUGUUGAAAUCGAAUCUGACAAUCAGGGGAUGGCCAAGCAAAUGAAGGAACCUGGGAUUGGCAGAUCUAAAAUUGCCAGCAUUGCUCGGGAGAGUGGGUACAUAACAUAUGGUAUCAGAUUUGCCAUUCGAUUCUGCGGUUUCCUCAUCGAAGUCCUAGAUCUGGGCCGAAAAUUCCGAUUCGAAAGGCGCUGGUCACCUCGUGUGAUUCAGCACAAAGUUCCCCACGGGGACGCCCUCGUUCGGUGGCUGGAUUUGGGUUUGAGAUCCGUCAGUUCCGUCCUGGAUCGACCGCAUCAAACAAGGUGGGCGACGUCCAAGCGCAUCGACUCUCUAGAGGUCGAUAUGGAGGAAUUACACAAGAUGAUAGAGAAGCUCUCUUUGGAUCUCAGAGGGGGGCUCUCGUCCGUGGACGCCAAACUAGAAUCUACGCAAGCAUCAGUCGAUGCAACCGCCCAGUCCCUGCAAUCGCUCAACAACUGGAGAAGUGGCGUCGACACGCAAGUUUCGGAUCUGACUGCGUCGGUGCAAGACCUCCGCAAGCAAAUCGACCGUGUGGUCGUGGGAGUCGGCCUCAGCGCCCUGGGUACUCCUCCAGGUGCUGCUAACCAGCCUGUCGCGUCGGCAAAAACUCUGCCGAUGGCGACUCUACAGGUCUGGAACUCUGGGCUAAAUGGCCACGGCGUGACGAAUGAGCACCGGGGGCAGGCAGGGGGUUCCCCUCUGUCGACCCCGGUCACAGGUACCGAUUCAUCUCUAGCCAUGGUUCAAGUUCCUGUUGUUGAUGCUACCGCGCAUAUUACACCACCACCACCACCCACCGAGUUUCCCCGUUUUGAUGGCGAAAACCCUAGGUUGUGGCAAAAGGCUAGCGAGAAAUACUUCCGGUUAUUCUCUGUUGAUCCUGCCUAUUGGGUCGAGUAUUCGACUAUGCAUUUUACUGGGAAUGCUGCCUUGUGGCUCCAGAGUGUAGAGGAUAAGCUAGCAACAUUUUCAUGGGAAAAAUUGUGCGAUGUCAUCAAUGUUAGGUUUGAUAGAGGCCAGUAUCAAUUGCUCUAUAGACAAAUGUUUAAACUCAGACAACAGGGCACUGUAAUAGAGUACAUUGAGCGUUUCGAUAACCUCAUGCAUCACAUGUUAGCAUAUAGGCAGGAUUUAGACCCCAUGUUUUUCACCACUAGGUUCAUAGAAGGGCUUGUGCGCGAUAUUCGUUCUGUUGUUAUGAUUCAACGGCCCCAAGACCUCGAAACUGAUGUGUCUCUGGCCUUAUUGCAGGAAGAGAUAGAAGACGAUGGGCCAAAAUCUGGGCACAGAUAUACUGCCAACAAGCACAUGGUGAAGCACAACUUCUCACCUACUCCUGGCAGACAGCAGGCCCAUCAAUCUGAUGACAAACAAACGAGUUUGGCCUCCAAAAUUUCAGCUCUGAAGGCAUUUCGCAAAGCUCGCGGGUUGUGCUUCACGUGCGGCGAGAAGUAUGCGCCCGGGCAUAAAUGCAGCACAACUGUUCAAUUGCAUGUAGUAGAAGAGUUGCUGUCUAUGUUGCAAUCUCCUGAAUCUGACAGUGACCAGUCUAAGGGUGACAGUGAAGUGUUUGAAGAUGCACUGCAUGAUGCUCAAGAAGUGUUGAUGUCUAUUAGCAAGCAAGCCAUCAAUGGGUCCGAGACUUCCAGAUCUAUGCGUCUGAUGGGACGUGUGCAAGGCCAUGAUGUUUUAAUCUUAAUUGACUCGGGAUCCUCUAACAAUUUUAUCAGCUCUCAUCUCGCAGAACAGUUGCAAGGGGUAACAAAAAUGAGCCAUCCAAUAAAGGUGAGGGUAGCUGGAGGAGGAAUUCUGUCAGGAGACUCUGAACUCAAAAAUUGCACUUGGAGCUGUCAUGGGAACUCUUUCAGCACAGAUCUCAAGGUCCUGCCCUUGAAAUGCUAUGAUAUAAUCCUUGGAAUGCAGUGGCUCGAGGAUUUGGGAUUGAUGACACAUCAAUGGGCAGAGAAAUGGUUCGAGUUUGAGUAUAAUGGGAGCAAGUGUAAACUGCAAGGCAUUUGUCCACAGACUGACAGCUGUGAGACAAUCUCAGUUGCUGAAUUACAUGAGCUGCAACGUCAGGAUUCUGUGUACUACAUAGUGCAACUAUAUACUGUCAGUGAUACCUUGACGCAGUCGACAGUUCCUCACAUUAUUGCAAUGGUCCUGCAGUCUCAUGAAGAGGUGUUUGCUGAACCUACUGGAUUGCCUCCACAUCGCAAAUUUGACCACACAAUUCCUCUGAUACCUGGAGCUAGUCCUGUAAACUUAAGGCCCUACCGCUACAAUCCUAUGCAAAAAAAUGAGAUUGAGAAGCAGAUCCGCGAACUGUUAGCUCAAGGAGUGAUCAGACUAAGUUCUAGUCCAUUUGCUUCGCCAGUCUUGUUGGUUGGCAAAAAGGACCUCACUUGGCGGCUGUGUGUUGAUUAUCGCCAUCUCAAUGCAAUCACGGUGAAGAACAAGUAUACAUUGCCAGUCAUUGAUGAGCUUUUGGAUGAAUUGGCUGGAGCCCAGUGGUUCACAAGUUUAGACCUGAGAGCGGGAUACCACCAAAUACGGAUGGCGGAGUGUGAUGAAUACAAAACAGCGUUUCAGACGCAUCAUGGGCACUUUGAAUAUAGGGUGAUGCCUUAUGGAGUUACCGGAGGUCCUGCUACCUUCCAAGGGGUCAUGAAUUCUAUUUUGGCACCUCUUCUACGAAAAUCAGUGCUUGUUUUUGUUGAUGACAUACUAAUUUACAGUAAAACCCUGACUGAACAUGCACAGCAUCUGCAAGCAGUGCUAGCCAUUUUGGCACAAAAUGAACUGAGAGUUAAGAAAUCCAAAUGCACUUUUGCAAGGCAGGAGAUACACUACCUUGGGCAUGUGAUCAGUGCAGCUGGAGUCUCUACAGAUGAGAGCAAGAUUGCACCUAUUCUCAAAUGGCAACCACCUCAAAAUGUGAAGGAGUUGCGCAGUUUCCUGGGCAUGUCAGGAUAUUAUCGCAAGUUCAUAAGAGGGUAUGGUGUUCUCAGUAAAAACCUGACAGAACUACUCAAGAAAGGGGUUCCAUAUGUUUGGACAACUGCAACUAAUGAUUCAUUUCAGGCUUUAAAACAUGCUCUUAGUUCCACUCCAGUCUUGGCACUGCCCGACUUUUCUAAAACAUUUACCAUUGAAUCUGAUGCAUGCAGCAAAGGUAUUGGGGCAGUUUUGCUGCAGGAUGGCCACCCCUUAGCUUUCAUCAGCAAGGCAUUAGGUCCUAGGCACCUGGGCCUCUCCACAUACGAGAAGGAGUGUCUCGCAAUUCUUAUGGCGGUGGACAAGUGGAGAUCCUAUUUACAACAUGGCGAGUUCAUCAUCAGAACAGAUCAACGCAGCCUUAUGCACCUUGAUGAUAAGCGUCUGACCACUCCGUGGCAGCACAAGGCACUAACAAAAAUGCUUGGACUACAAUAUAAAAUCGUGUAUAAGAAAGGGGUUGAAAAUCGGGUUGCAGAUGCGCACUCUCGCCACAUUCAUGCAGAGACAGAGGAAUUGCAAGUGAUAUCUUCUUGCCGGCCAGCUUGGUUAGAUGCAGUGUUACAGGGAUAUGCUAAAGAUGAUGAGGCCAAUCAGAAGCUUGCGCAACUCGCCAUCUCUUCUCCAAAUGGUAAUUAUGCACUGCUCAAUGGUGUGAUUCGUUACAAAGGUCGAAUUUGGAUUGGCCGCAAUGAGCAGUUACAACAAGAUAUAUUGCAUGCGAUGCAUUCUAGCCCCGUGGGAGGACAUUCGGGUUUCCAAGCAACUUACCAUCGUGUCAAGCACCUGUUCUCAUGGCCUGGUAUGAAAGCUCACAUCAGAAAGUUUGUGUCUCACUGCUCUGUAUGUCAGCAAGCAAAAACAGAGAGAGUUGCAUACCCAGGGCUACUAGAACCACUGGCAGUACCCACUGGAGCAUGGCAAGUUGUCACAAUGGAUUUUAUAACUGGCCUUCCCAAGUCAUCCAAGUACGAUUGCAUCAUGGUUGUUGUGGAUAAAUUCUCAAGAUAUGCUCAUUUUGUUCCAUUGUCCCAUCCGUUCACUGCCUUAUCUGUCGCUACAGCGUACAUGAAGGACAUCUACAGACUUCACUCACUACCAGAAGCAAUUGUGUCUGACAGAGACCCAAUCUUCACUAGUGCUUUGUGGCAAGAGCUGUUUAAAGUCACUCAAACUGAGUUGAGAAUGAGCUCGGCGAGACAUCCAGAAACUGAUGGCCAAACAGAGCGUGUCAAUCAAUGUUUGGAAGGGUUUCUCCGAUGUUUUGUCAGUUCUUGUCAGAGUAAAUGGGUUGAUUGGAUUCCCCUAGCUGAGUUUUGGUACAAUACGACCAUCCAUUCCGCUCUCGGCAAAACACCCUUUGAAGUUCUGUAUGGUCAUGCACCUCGUCACUUCGGUGUGGAUGUCGUGGAGGCAUGUGAGAUACCUGAUCUGCAACAAUGGUUGAGUGAGCGUGAAAUCAUGACAUCACUGCUGCACCAACACCUCAGUCGACAGCAGCAGCGUAUGAAAUCUCAAGUCGACAAGCAUAGAACGGAACGCCACUUUAAUGAAGGGGAGUGGGUGUAUCUAAAACUGCAACCGUAUGUUCAAACUUCAGUGGCACGACAGGGUUCUCGCAAGCUUGCAUUCAGGUACUAUGGGCCUUUUCAAAUCAUUCAGAAAGUGGGAAAAGUAGCCUAUAAGCUGAAGCUUCCUCUUCAUAGCCAAAUCCAUCCCGUCAUCCAUGUCUCACAGUUGAAAAAGGCACUGGGAGUAGGAGUUACAGUGGAGCGCAAUCUUCCGGAUACUCUUGAGGCUGAUUGUGUUCCUGAGCAAGUUCUGGGCACACGUUGGCGUCGUCGUGACAACCUAUCACAGAAGCAAAUCCUGGACGACAUCGAAGCAAGGUUCCCGGGAUCACCAGCUUGGGGGCAAGCUGGGCCUCAAGGAGAGGGGAAUGUUACAGACUCACCUACAGGAAGAUAUCCUCUGCCCAGGGAUACUUUCUCCAUUGGGACCAAGCUUUUCUUUCAAGAUCAUGUGGUCAGGAUCGGAAAUGUGAUUUCUUCUUGCUCUACUCUAGGCCCUAUGGGUUUGGAGGAAAAGUUGGUGACCUUAGCACUUUCUGAUAAUGCUUCAUCUUUGGAAGAGACAGGCAAACCUGCAAAACUUCUCGUUUCUGAUCAGGUUACUCAUGUAUCUGAUGAUGCAGUGGAUCUUGGUUCCUUUGCCAAUUCUGUUCACGCAUCGCUCCUUAUGGGGUUAAAUUUUUCUCAUGGCAACAACUUCGAAAAGGAUGUGAAGAACAAGUUUAAUGUUGACAUCCAUCCAUAA